UCACAUGAAAAGGAUUCAUCUUAAACCAAGCCUCUAUCCAAAGCUUCUUCUUGAUUCUGCGAGAGACAUAGCUGCUGGUGCUUUUUUUCUUUCUCAAUUUCUGGAAGUUUCCAUUUUUUUUCUAGAUUCUUAGCGUUUCAUGCAGUGGGUCAUGCUUUGUUGUUUUAUUCUCGGUGGUUCCUCCAUAGCGGUAUAUGGAUAUGCCCCUUUUGUUGAGUUUCCCGUUUCAGUUUCACACUUAUCUUUUCAAGCUUUCUUAUUCUCCCUUUCUCAGUGUUCCUAUUCGUACCAAAGCUUAUGUGAAAACGCGUGAUAGAUACCUUGGCAUUGUUUUCUUGUCACAACCCAAAUACUCAAAUGGGUCAGCAGGGUUUCAUGAAUCCCCUCCAAAGCCUAGGGACUUGGUUCAUGCUGUUGUUGACUCUGGUUUGUGGGAGCAAGAAGAAGAACGUGUUGCUGAUAUUGUUUAUGAGAGGAGAGAAAUAGUUGAUGCCAAUUCUUUUUUGUCCAAGAAGGAAUUGCCACCUUGGGGAGAAGUAGAGCUGGAAGAUGGUGAUGAUGAUAUUGAAGGAAGAGGACAAUUUGAUACAACUAUAGUGUCCAAGGAUGAAUUGUGUCCUUGGGGAGAAGUGGAACUGGAAGAACAAGAAGAAGACGAUGAUGAUGAUGUUGAUGAUGAUAUUAUUGAAGUUAGAGAAGAGUUUGGUACAUCUAUAGUGUCCAAGGAGGGACUACAUCCCGAAUUGGAUGAUAAUAAUGGUAAUGGUAAAAGAAUGGAAAGUGUUAAUUCAUAUUUUGUGUCUAAUAAGGAAUUUGUUCCCUGGGGAGUAGUCAAAGAUGAUGAAGAGGAUUACGGAAAUAACAAUGGUAAUGACAAUGCUGAGAGAAGAGCACAUGGUGGUGCUUAUUUUGUGGCCAAUAAGAAAUUUCCUACCUCGUCAGAAGCAGAUGAUGGUGAUGAUGAUUUUGACUACAAUAAUGAUGAUGCUGUUGAAAGAAUAACAAAUGGGGAUACAUAUUUUGUGGCCAAGAAGGAAUUGCCUCCGUGGGGAGGAGCACAAGAUGGUAAUGUUGUUAGCAACAAUGCCGAAAGAAGAGCAAAUGGAGAUGUAUAUAUUGGGGCGAAGAAGGAAUUGGCUCCCUGGGGAGAAGCAGACGAUGGUGGACACCUUUAUUCUAGACAUGUGGAAACUACUUUAUCAGCUUCAGAGGGGACGGGACUAAUAAUGGAGCAAGGGGCAAUUUUUCUUGAGGAGAUGGAUGUGAAUGUGUUGUCUAAUAGGAUUGUGGUGCUUAGCAGAACUAACAAGAUUAGAAGUGCAAUGGAGUAUUUCAGGACCUGUGAGCUUGCAAGGAAGUCAUCAAUUGCGCUGCAGGUUUACAAGCACAUGGUUCACCAAAAGUGCAGUCCAAACUUGUUUACUUAUUUGUCUGUAGUUAGAUGCUGUGUUCGAGGAAAUCUCUGGGAAAACUUGGAAGAAAUCCUAAAUCAGAACAUGCCAAAUGCCACUCUUUAUAACGCUGCCAUUCAAGGGUUGUGCUUACGCAGUAAUGUUAACUUGGCAAAUAAGGUCUACACAAAAAUGCUAGAAAGUGGUCUUCAACCUGAUGUCAAAACACAAGUACUCAUGCUUCGUAUGAUAAGGAAAAGCAAGUAGCUUGUAAUCUAUUAAAAUGUUACCGUAACUAAUACAACAGUUUCGAAAUGAUGAGCAAUAGGAGUAGAAAUCACAGUCAACUGAAUCAGGCACCCGAUCCAAUAAUGAAUAGUUUUUGUUUGGCUUUUGCAAGAGAAUAGCAAACCAAAAUGCUACUGUAACUCUGGCUACUGUAUAGUUAUCACCUUCACUCUUUUCUUUCGUUCUUCCUUUCAUGCAUAGGGUUGUAAAGAUGCUUCUUGUUUGAUAUGUAUGUAAAUGAUGAAAAUGCCCAAGUCUUCUA